AUGAAGAGGGAACCAGAAUCGCAUGACCGCACCAAUGUAGGCGCAAAGUUCAUUCGUCCAUUGGGACAUCUAGAGUGUUUUCAGUCGGCCUUGCAUUUGAUUGGUUUGUAUCGCAGUACAAUUGUUACCUGCCGCUUCAAUAUUCCUGGCGAAUUUGUGGAUGAGAGCGCGCAGGAACAGCUUAUGAAUAAAAUAGAGCAAGCAAUAGCCGCAGCUGUCCUCCAACAUCCUUUUCUCCAAGUUGGCCUUGUCGACGAGGACUCAAAGUGCCCCCAUUGGGUCCAGCUUGAAACUUUUGAUCUCGCCCACCAUAUCCAAUGGCAACUGCUGGUAGAAGGCUCGACAGAGGAGUACCAGGCUCUAUAUGACAGCAGUCUCAGAGAACAACUUGACACCAAGUUCUCGAAUCUUCAGACUCGACCAGCCUGGAGAAUAGUAGUGCUCAGGUCAAGACGAAAUCUGUCCCACCUCGACCUAAUGUUUGUCUGGAACCAUCCCAUUGCAGACGGCAUGAGCGGAAAGAUCUUCCAGGAAACAGUGUUGCGCCAUCUGAAUGAUCCUAUAUCCGUGACCGAAAGUCCACUGCUACAAAAUCAUGUACUUCGCCUGAGUGCAAUAGCGGAGCGUCUGCCUCCACCAAUGGAGAAGAUGGUCAAAUUUCCCAUCUCGCUAGGCUUUGCCGCUGCUACCGCAUGGCAAGAGCUGAAACCAUCUUUUCUCUCUAGCGAGCAUUCUACGAACGCAACAUGGGCGCCAAUUCGCCUCGAACCGUACGAAACGACUCAACGUAUUAUAUCGCUUGACAGCAGCUCACUGCAGAAUGUUCUCUCCGCAUGCCGUCAGAACAAGACAACUCUUACAGGCCUUUUACAUGCAGCCGUCCUCAUCUCCCUGGCAACACAGCUUGUGGACAAGGAAGCGCCUGCUUUUGCAAGUGUCACGGCGCUCAACUUGAGACGGCAUAUGCCCUCAAGUUCAGAGGGUCCCUUGGAAUUUGAGGCUGAUCAAACAAUGGCAAAUUUUGUCUCUCGGCAGAUACACAAGUUCGAUGAGGCUUUGGUGAGGAAGAUCCGCGAGCUGGCUGCAAAAUAUCGCGAAUCUUCUAUACCUUCAAAUGUGGAUUGCGAGCCAAAUUUGCAAAAACUUGCCGGCACUGACGCAUUGACGGAGGUUUUAUGGGCAACAGCCGCUCGGGUCCGUGGCGAGAUUCAAGAGCGUUUGGAUUUAGGCUUGAAAAACGACAUUGUCGGUUUAAUGGGCCUUGUGGGAGAUUGGCGAUCACAGAUGAAACAGGAUCUCAAGAAACCGAGGUCGGUGGCAUGGAAUGUGACAAAUCUGGGAGUAAUGGACGGAAAGCUUGGGACAGCAGAGGUAGCACAGACGCAAGAUGCGAACAACGAUAACAUGCCAAAGGAUGUCUCAGACCCAAAAGGUUGGUCUGUUUCGCGAGCAGUCUUCUCGUUGAGCGCUGAUGUCACAGAGGCUUUCAUUCAUAUUAGUCCUAUGGCCAUUAAGGCUGGCGACAUAAAUAUCGAGAUUAGUUGGCAGCGAGGGCUUAUUGAUGACAAAAUCUGCGAGCAGCUUACCGUUGGAGUGGGAGAAUGGUUGAGAUUUAUUGGUCAAGCUCAGUCAUAA